AUGCUAUUUGUUGUUUAUAUUUAUCAUCAAUUAUAUCAACUAUUAUUAAUAGGUCCGGCACUUCGUACCAUUGUUGAGCAAAUUAAUAAUGAUUCUGAUUACCUGAAUUAUGUACAAUCAUUUAAAAAAAAAUCCCAAAAAUUAAAAAUAAACGAGAUUCCUUAUAAUCAAUACAAUAUGUCAGAACAAGCAAUUAAUAUUAUAAAUCCUACAAAUCCUAAACCUGUAUUUGGAACUGAUUUAUCAGAAUUAAUGAAAAGAGAUGGUGGAGUUAUACCAAUUAUACUAAGGAAAUGUGUCACGGCUGUUGAAAAAUAUGGCUUAGAAAGUUUAGGUAUUUAUCGAUUGUCAGGAGUUACGUCACAAGUUCAAAGUUUAAAAUCAUUGUUUGACAAAGAUGCCGAGUCGGUCGAUUUGGAUUCCGAGGAGAAUCUUAAAGAUAUAAAUAACGUUUCGAGUCUUUUAAAGCUAUGGUUUCGUGAACUACCCGAUCCUUUAUUUCCAAGAACAAUGUAUCAAGAUUUUAUUAAUGCUGCUAAGAAAAAUCAAAAAUUCCAUCCAGUAAUUGGUAUGCUUUAUACUAAUUCAUCAAUUCUCUGGAUUUUUGUAAGAUAG